AUGAUCAAUGAUCUCAGGCAAAAGGUCUCUAUCCAGGGAGAUCCGUCUGAAAGGAUUGCAGCCUAUAUGGUAGAAGCACUGACAGCCCGGAUGGCUACCUCUGGGAAGGGUCUUUAUGAAGCUCUAAAAUGCAAAGAACCCCCAUCUUCUCUUCGACUUUCUGCAAUGCAAGUCCUCUUUGAGGUUUGCCCGUGCUUCAGGUUUGGAUUUACGGCAGCAAAUGGUGCCAUUUUAGAGGCAUUUAAAGAUGAAAAGAGAGUGCAUAUCAUAGAUUUUGACAUUAACCAAGGAAGUCAGUAUUACACGCUGCUGCAAACCAUGGCUAAAAUUCCUGGUAAUCGACCACACGUGAGAUUAACUGGGGUGGAUGACCCUGAAUCAGUUCAACGUUCUGUGGGAGGCCUAAAAGUCAUUGGGCGACGGCUUGAGCAACUUGCUGAAGAUCUUCAGCUUUCAUUUGAAUUUCAAGCUGUGGCUGCUGAAACUGCUUUAGUUUCUCCAUCAAUGCUCGACUGCCAACCUGGAGAAGCUCUAAUCGUGAACUUUGCAUUCCAGCUCCACCACAUGCCGGACGAGAGUGUAUCGACAGUAAACCUACGGGAUCAGCUUCUCCGUAUGGUCAAAGGCUUGAACCCAAAACUAGUUACUGUUGUUGAACAAGAUGUGAAUACGAAUACAGCCCCCUUUUUACCAAGAUUUGCUGAAGCCUACAAUUACUACUCCGCUGUGUUUGAAUCUCUUGAUGCAACUCUCCCACGGAAUAGUCAAGACCGAAUGAACGUAGAGAAACAUUGUCUGGCACGUGACAUAGUUAACAUUGUUGCAUGUGAGGGGGAGGAAAGAAUAGAGCGGUAUGAGGUUGCUGGAAAAUGGAGGGCAAGGAUGAGUAUGGCUGGUUUCACUCCUCGUCCAAUUAGUCAAAAUGUGAGCACUGAAAUUCAAAAGGUCAUAAAGCAGUAUUCGGACAGAUUCAGGGUGAAAGAGGAGACGGGGGCUCUCCACUUCGGAUGGGAAGACAAAAUCUUGAUAGUCACUUCUGCAUGGAGGUAA